CACUGUCCCCAUGUCACACUGUCACCAUAUCAUGGUGUCACCCAGUAGCGACAAACUGUCACCAUGUCACAGUGUCACCAUGUCAUGGUGUCACUCAGCUGUGUCACUGUCCCCAUGUCACACUGUCACCAUAUCAUGGUGUCACCCAGUAGUGACAAACUGUCACCAUGUCACAGUGUCACCAUGUCACGGUGUCACUCAGCAGAGUCACACUGUCACACUGUCCCAGUGUCACCAUGUCAUGGUGUCACCCAGCAGUGUCGCUGUGAGCAUGUCACAGUGUCACCAUGUCACAGUGUCACUUAGCAGAGUCACGCUGUCACCAUGUCGUGGUGUCACCCAGUAGCGACAAACUGUCACCGUGUCACAGUGUCACCAUGUCAUGAUGUCACUCAGCAGUGUCGCUGUCACCAUGUCACACUGUCCCCAUGUCAUGGUGUCACCCAGUAGCGACAAACUGUCACCGUGUCACAGUGUCACCAUGUCACAGUGUCACCUAGUAGUGUCACUAUCGUGUCACGCUGUCACCAUGUCACAGUGUCGCCAUGUCACGGUAUCACUCAGCAGUGUCAUUGUCACCAUGUCACCAUGUCAUGGUGUCACCAUGUCAUGAUGUCACCCAGCAGUGUCGCUGUCACUGUCACAGUGUCACCAUGUCAUGGUGUCACCCAGUAGCGACAAACUGUCACCGUGUCACAGUGUCACCAUGUCAUGGUGUCACUCAGCAGCAUCACUGUCACCGUGUCACACUGUUACCAUGUCAUGAUGUCACUCAGCAGUGUCGCUGUCACCAUGUCACAGUGUCACCAUGUCAUGGUGUCACUUAGCAGAGUCACGCUGUCCCUAUGUUAUGGUGUCACCCAGUAGCAACAAACUAUCACUGUGUCAGAGUGUCACCAUGUCAUGAUGUCACUCAGCUGUGUCACUGUCACAGUGUCACCAUGUCACGGUGUCACUCAGCAGUGUCAUUGUCACCAUGUCACCAUGUAAAACUGUCACCAUGUCAUGGUGUCACUCAGCUGUGUCACAGUGUCACCGUGUCACAGUGUCACUCAGCAGCGUCACUGUCACCAUGUCACAGUGUCACCGUGUCACAGUGUCACUCAGCAGUGUCACACUGUCCCCAUGUCACACUGUCCCCGUGUCACCGUGACACUGGGAACUGUCAUAGUGCCACCACAUCAUGGUGUCACCUGGCAGUGUCACACUGUCCCCACGUCACACUGUCACUCAGCAGUGUCACACUGUCCCCAUGUCACAGUGACACUGAGAUCUGUCAUAGGGUCACCACAUCAUGGUGUCACCUGGCAGUGUCACACUGUCCCCACGUCACUGUCACUCAGCAGUGUCACAGUCCCCAUGUCACGCUUUCCCCCUGUCACAGUGUCACCCAGCAGUGUCACACUGUUCCCAUGUCACACUGUCCCCACGUCACACUGCCACUCAGCAGUGUCACACUGUCGCCAUGUCACACUGUCCCCACGUCACGCUGUCACUCAGCAGUGUCACACUGUCCCCAUGUCACACUGUCCCCAUGUCACACUAUCACUCAGCAGUGUCACGCUGUCACUCACCAGUGUCACACUGUCCCCUCAUCACACUGUCCCCACGUCACGGUGUCACAGCAGUGUCACACUGUUCCCAUGUCACACUGCCCCACGUCAUGCUGUCACUCACCAGUGUCACACUGUCCCCAGGUCACACUGUCACUCAGCAGUGUCACACUGUCCCCGCAUCAUAGUGUCCCCAUGUCACGCUGUCACCCAGCAGUGUCACACUGUCCCUAUGUCGUGCUGUCCCCAGGCCUCACUGUCCCCAGGCCUCACUGUCACUCAGCAGUGUCACACUGUCCCCAGGUCACACUGUCCCCACGUCACGGUGUCACUCAGCAGUGUCACACUGUUCCCAUGUCACAGUGACACUGAGAACUGUCAUAGGGUCACCACAUCAUGGUGUCACCUGGCAGUGUCACACUGUCCCCACGUCACAGUGUCACUCACCAGUGUCACACUGUCCCCAGGUCACACUGUCCCCACGUCACACUGCCACUCAGCAGUGUCACACUGUUCCCAUGUCACACUGUCCCCACGUCACGCUGUCACUCAGCAGUGUCAC